CCGAUAUUUCAAUCUUGGAUUGAGAUAGAGAGGUAGUUCUAUUGUGGUCCCAUUCUGCCGAGAUAUAGCUAUCCACUUCAGAAUCACACAAUUCUUGAACAAAAAAUCCACAUCAAAUCUAUCUUUUCAAGAUCUAUAGCAUUCAAUUUAAGUUGGAGCUACAGCCUUUUCAAUAUAAGACCUACCAUCAUAAUAUAUGGUCUAUCUAUCCUAUCGUUAUUGACCAAUAACCGUCAUCAAUACAAAAUCAAUAUCUAUCAUAAGAUUUAAUCAACUUUGCAUAUCAUAAAUCUUCUUUACUACCGUAUCACUAAUACUUUCACUUUACAAUCCAUAUAUAUUUAUUAAUACUCUGUACUAAUCCCUCAGCAUAAUCAAAAUGAACCGGUCUCAGAUUCUCACAGAUCGACAGCAGCAAGAGCUCAACAAGGCAAUUCUUCAGUAUCUUGAACCUAUGCUUACAGAAUCAAGUUCAGAUCAAGAAGUAUACAGAAGCCUUCAACAGAUUCUUGUGCCGCCGUCUUCAUCAUCUUCGGAAGCCAUUGUAGACAACUAUUUAGAGAAGAAAUGGUCGACAGUGCUAAGACUUCAACGAAAAAUCAUUGACUUGGAGAACGAAGUAGGGACGUUGCGUUCUAUUGUUGAUGGUCAACAGUCUGUGCUGAACGGUGCAGCUUCAGUUAUCAGUAAAGACAGAAUCAACUGGCUCCCCAAUCGAGCUUCGAAACUGUUUCCCACCCAGCAGAACCAGUUAGUUAUGGCUUCGGUGAUUCACCCUGUACUUCCUGUGAUAUUUGGGGGUUGUUCAGAUGGAUCUAUAAUAGUAUGGAAUAUUGUCAAUGACGAUACCUCGAUACCUGAAAAGAUCAUAAGGGCCCAUACACGAUCCAUUAACAAAUUAGCAUUCUCGGUAGAGCCUGCAGACCUUUCGAAAGACUUGACUAAGUCAAAGACAUAUAUCUUUGCCAGUUGCUCGGCGGACUUGUCCAUCAAGAUUUGGGAUAGUUCUAGCUAUAGGCACAUCCGUACUUUGACAGGUCAUGACCACACAGUUUCUUCAGUAGCUUUUUCUCAAUCAAAUCCCGACCAUUUGUACUCUGUGUCUCGUGACAAAACCGUCAAGAUAUGGGAUCUUGUCAAUGGCUACUGUGUUAAGAGUUUCACCGGUCACAGUGAAUGGGUUCGUGAUAUAGAUGUAGCAUCCGUGAAUUCGCAGUUGAGUCUCAACAACAUGAAAGUUUCAGCAGAACUCGGCGAUUUCGUAGUUACUUGCUCUAACGAUCAGUCAGUAAGAGUAUCGCAUGCUGAGUCUGGAGCUGGUUUGGCUCUUUUGAUUGGGCACACGCAUGUUAUAGAAAAGGUCAAGUUUCUUCCUGCUGUAUCAAACACUAUUUUAGACAAGUUUCUUAAGGAAAAUCAUGCCCAAUUUCCGUCGAUUCCACAGGAGUUGGUUUCGGAUGAGAUUUUCACCACAACUCUUGGCUACAAGUAUUGUAUAUCUGGAGGCAGGGACAACUUGCUAAAGCUCUGGCUCAUUCCACCUCCAACUUUAAUACCUCAUCGCAGUCCUUUGCCAGCUCAGCACAACAACUCACAAGGCUGGGCUAUCGCAGAUUUGGUGGGGCACCAGUCGUGGGUGAAGGCUAUAGCUAUACAUCCUAAUGGUAGAUUCAUAUUCAGUGGAAGUGAUGACAAAACCAUCAAAGUGUGGGACUUGGCCAAUUUAAAUGUUACAGGCUCUGUGAAAUGUGUACGAACGUUGUCCGGCCAUGAUGGCUUCAUCAACGAUUUGGACUUUGCCGCGUUCAACAGAGAUAGUGGUAAAGAAGACAAAAUCAAAGAAGAUGCUACGGAAGAAGAACUGCAUCAGCAAUUGAUGAAAUUUAUAGAAGGCAGGAUGAGAUGUUUAUUCAUCAGCGGUGCUGCCGAUAAUAGUAUCAAGUUGUGGUCUUAAUAUUAAGUCAUUAGUUGUUAUCAAUAUUUAACAUACCUCAUAUAACUUAUCAUCUAACUCUCAAAUAGUUAAUUUAUCAAUAGAU